CUUGGCGGUGUUCCCGAUUUUCUAAUGGACUUCUGCCCUUACAUUCGACCGAAUAUCAAAACUAGGUGCAGUAAUGGGGACGCAACCGUUAUGCGUGGGAGCCGCGUUGGCCCGAGAUCAAAGUGCCUAAAGGGGGAUGGACUUGCCGAUUUCAUGGGUCCUGUUGGUGACGUCUGCGCUGAGGUGUCGUGUGACAAGGGCGAGGUGAGCGUGCGGUACCUUGGAGAUGAUACGUGGCACAAAUGCCCGGAGGGCAGCAGUAUUACACCAGCUGGGCUGUUCACGGGAGGGAGGAUUUUGUGUCCAAAGUACGACGAUGUAUGUAUUGUCUUCGAUACAAUUAAUGGAGGUGGAGACGUGAGCAGUUUGUUGUCAGCUUUUCCCCCGAUUCCAUUGAUUAUGCUGGUUCUUAUUUUUAUGUCAAUGUGUUAA